UCUUUGUAACGUUUCAUUCAUUCAGGUAAAAUGAGAGUCAAAACAACAUAUCAUAAACAUGGUUAUUGAAGACACACCAUACAUUGGGUUCCCAUUAGGUUUAGCUCUUCUUGUUUCUUUCUUAUUCUUCUUUUGUUGUUUCUUUUCUUGUUGUUUAUAUUGGGACAAACUUCAAUUUCUAUUUCCAUCUUCUGUGGUUAAUGUUAUCAACCCACAACCUCGUAUACAAUCACACUUUGCUUCCUCUAACAAUAAACCCGGGUUUCCUGUUUUGAUUAUGAAGCAGAACCAUGGUCGAAGCUUUCCUGUGUUGAUGCCGGGAGAUAAGGUUCCGAAAUUCAUAGCCAUGGCAAGUGCAUGUAAGCCUCCGAAGGAUGAAAAUAUCACAAUUCAUGUGCAGAAUGAGUAGUUAGAAUUAGAAAUUUAUUGAAGAAAAAAAAUCCAUAUAUGUGUUUUUCAAAUGAUAUUAUGAAACUUUUCCAACCUUACUUAUGUUGGAUCUGGUUCCUAUAGAUUAUUCACUUCCUCCUGUAUGUCAACUACACCCUCUUUAUUAUCUCUUAAA